UAGCUGGAGACUAGCAAACAAUCCGAUCUUUGUAUCUCGUUGCUUCUCCUUGACCGACAGUGAAUUGGGCUGCUCCUAGAACAAGGGACGAUCAUUGGAAAACAGAAUGGGGGCGACGCGGUACCCGUUGCACGGCUCCGAAACUUCCAGUCGCGCCAGCGGAAGUAGUAGUCGGAAAUCAGGCGUCGAUAAGCCCAUUGCGUUCGCACUCGUGGCGCUAUUGUUCCUAUACUCGACCGUCACACUCGCCACGUACUACCGAGUGUCGGCAUCCGACCACGAUGCAUUGACUACAUCAGCAACGGUCUCCGGCACCGCGACAACGAGCUUCCCUUCCACGCUGCAUGCGGCGUCGGUAACCCAAAAAAUACUCGUACCGAAGAAACAGGAAGGUCCGAUCGAGAGACUGCAGCGUACAUUCCCAAUACACGUGGGAAAAGAUGUGGAAGAAAUCCCACAUUCCGGACUGGAGACAGUUGAUGUCAAUCCGAAUCAAAAGGGUCGCGAUUCACCUUCCAACCUGCCCAAAACCAUGAUGGUUCCCAAAUUCUUUGAAGACUCGCAUGGCGCGGCCUACGGCGGAUCAAUCCGCGACUAUCUCGGCAACGGCGAUGAACUCAUGUCUUUCGAAAAGACAAUGAAGAUCGGCUCCUCUUUGGAUGGCCUUGAGACGAUCUAUUGUAGCAUCGCCAGCUACCGCGAUCCUGAAUGUACGCUGACGGUGGAAGAUUUGUUCGCCCGCGCUGCACACCCCGAUCGAAUCCGUGUCGCCAUCCUUGAUCAACGCGUCGAGGGUGAUUCCGUCUGUGCACAGCCCGCUAAACCCUGUAACGAAGACCCAUCGCAAGCGCUAUGCAAGUACCGCCAUCUGAUUGACGUCUUCGAAAUGGACGCUCGCCUUGCCGUUGGCCCAGUCUUUGCCAGACAUCUUGCGCAUCGGCACUACCGUGGCGAAUACUUUGCCAUGCAGAUCGACUCGCACGUACGGUUCAUUGAAGGAUGGGAUGACGACAUUGUCCAGCAAUGGAAAUCCGCCAAGAACGAAAUGGCCGUUCUCUCCACCUAUGUGUCAGACAUAAACGGCUCCAUUGACCCGAUCACGCACGAAUCAACCCACGAGAACCGUCCGAUCAUGUGUGCGUCGGAUUACGAAGGACACGGCGCCAACAAACAUUUGCGGCACGGCCAACAACCGGAAGGACCGGCUGGAAUCAAAGGGCAACCGACGCUGCAUCCGUUUUGGGCGGCGGGUUUCUCGUUUGCCCGAGGUCAUUUUGUCAUUCAAAUUCCAUACGAUCAAUACCUCCCCAUGGUCUUUCAAGGCGAAGAAAUUUCCAUCGGGCUGCGAGGAUUUACGUUUGGAUACGAUUAUUACGCUCCCGAGCGUGGUGUCAUGUUCCAUAUGUACGCGGUCAAGGACAACGAAGAAAAGCGCAAAAAAGUACCUCUAUUUUGGGAGAAUUUGGCUUCCUAUCGGGGUGCGGGUGUAAGAGCUAUGAAAAGGUUGAAUGUAAUUAUUGGUAUGGCGUCCUACCCGGAAACAGAGUACAAUACAAAGGACAUGAAAAAGUAUGGGCUGGGCAAAGUUCGAACGACGGCAAAAUUUUUCAAAACCUUUGGUAUCCAUACUGCCACGCAGACCGUAGAGGAUCACCUUUGUAGAUUUGUAGGCAAGCCAAUGAUGAAAGUGUUUCUACCAGCACUGCGGGAAAACGGGAUGGGUCUGGACUACAAAAAGAUUGAUUACGUGUUUAAAGAUGCCUGGCCCUCGAAAAAGAAGGAAAAGAAGAAAGUUUAAUUCAUGAUUUUGACGAAGGCGUAUGCCCGUCUAGCCAAUGAUUGAGACAGUAACCGGGUUGAGCCCUGCUCAGACGGUAGCUCGCGGAUUUUGUCGUUGUAUUGCGCGAAAGGUCAGAGCAAUCACCACAAACAAGUUAGACUGAAAAGAUUGCAAGAAGCUAGCUCUUGGCUAGGGGUUGCCUCGGAGAGUAAAUAUCUCGGGGUAUCUUGGCAAGCCUGUUGCACUAAAGAAAGUUCUUUGCAUUUACCGUACAUUUAAUUGAAAGCUAGCACGCGGGCAAACCACU